AAAUGUUAAUGCCUGCAAGCAUACGGCUGCGAAGACGCUAUGGCCAAAACCGAGGAAGAAGAAUUGCAGGCACAAGUGAGGAGUUUAGAGCAGCGAGAGCUGGCACAGAUGCGGCAAGGCGCAAUCCUUCAGUGCAAGUUGGAGGAAGCAGAGCUCAAGCACAAGGAUUUAGCAGCAGAAGUUGAGGAUCGCCGCGCACGGGUGCGGGAGGAGCAGCAAGAGCAAAGGAUGAGGCGUCAACAGGAGGCACUUGCUCGCGUGGAAAAGGACCUCCAGAGACGGUUGGAAGAGCUCCGGACCAGAGAGUUGGAGUUCGAAAAGUCCUUGAAACAAGAGCAGAGCAAAAAGGACAGCUUAGAAGAUGAGGUGCAGUAUUGGAGAAGCUGUGGACAAGCUCUUCUGAGACGAGCAGGCACACUGAAGGAAAGUGUCUCACAACACCAGGAGAGCAGGCACACCGAUCUCCAGGUAGAGAUGAAGGCGAUGGAUGCUCAAGCAGUAGAGUUAAGAAGCCGCGUCAAGGAAGUGGAGCGGAUGGUGGCUAAUGGCCGAGCACAGGAGGUGGAGAUGAUGACCAAGACUCAGGGACUGCUGCAUAGCUUGUCGCAGGCCGAGCAAUCACUUGCUGCUUCCCAGGCCAAGGUGGAGACAGACUAGCCUUAUGUUGUUUUCCAGAUGGCAUUGGGGUUCAAAGUUCAAGGUGGUCUUUCUAGGUUCCAAGAAGACAUUAUAGAAGAAUCGGCACGAUAGCUUAGAAUGAUCACCAACAUCCAACAUGUGGGACUUGCUGCGUCUUGCUGCUAGCCGAGAGUUGGCCGAGUUGUGAGAAGAGUUUGAAUCACAGGUGGCAAGUUUGCAAGCAGAGCUGCAGCAGGUUCGUACACGAAAGCUAGCUGUAGCUCUCCUCCUAACAUCUGAUAUAUCAAAGAUAUACCGCCCUCCCUUUGCGGGUUCAACUCCCCCCUUCCCCCCUGACCGUUUCUCAGUUCCCAACUGUUGCUGCUGCUGCUGCUGCUUCUUUGCCGCUGCUGCUGCUGUUUCUUUGUUGCUGCUUCUUUGCCGCUGCAGCUGCCGCUGCCAUUGCCGCUGCCGCAGGCUGGUGCUGUUUUGCUGCUGCCUGCUGCUGCUGCUGUUGCUGGCGUGGUUGAGGCUUUCCUGUGAUGGGGUUGUAUUGGGGUGGGGGUACUGUUGGCACAUGUUGGCACUCUCCCCCUUUGCCCUCCACCAUGAUAUGUUGCGACUCCCGGCCUGGGCUCUGCUGCCCCAGCGCUGCUUCUUCCCCUAGCUUUCGCCGCCCCCCCUUGGGCCACAAGUAAGUCUUGGUCAGUGUCAAUAUUUUUAAAGGUAGGUGUGCUGGCUCAACCAAUUGAAACUGUUCGUUGUGGCGACAUUACGGGAGUGUUCAAAAUGUUUUCAGACAAUUUGUGUUGGAAUGUGUUAUGGCAAGACUGAAGAAUAUGCAGUGUGUAAAAACAACUGUGAACGAUCAGAUCUCGUACCGACAGAGGCGGAAGCAAGAAAGCCACGUGCAAGUGCGUCCCGAAGUCACCAGUUGAGUUUUGCACAUAUAUACACGCGUCAUGCAGUUUGACUGGAGCUGUGUGUUGGAAGUGACUGGCUGCGGCUAAACCUUUGUCUCGCUGAGCAAGUGAUGAGCAAGUGAUUUAGUGGUAAGAUGUGACAUGAUGUGAUAAGCCACUACAACGAGGGACCUAACCUAGGACCUAGGGAUUGAGACUUGAAAUAUUGACUUUCCACAUACAUACGUUUGCACGAAUGUGGAAGUGCUCAUGUUUCUGUGCUUUUCAUUGUACUUUUCCACAAAACAUCCUGCUCCCAUCAGUACCUCAGGAAGUUCGUGCACAUCAGGCUUGGAGGAUGUUGAAAAAGGCUUUGGUGAGGAGGAAAUUGAAUAUUGGAGGAGAAAGAUGCAAGAGAAAACUGCGGAGGUGCAAAGGGACUGCGCAUGUCAAUCCGAAAUCUCUGAGCCUCAAGAAUUGGCCAUUCUAGGAUUAGCCGGCUACUGGCUUGAGGCUUGCAGUUCGAAAGGUUUUACUUUUCUGCACAAGACUUCUUGGCCACAGAGCAGAUCGUUGGCACUUCAUCUAGUCUAGGUUUCCGUCCCUUCGGAAUCCAAGUCAUGCAGACUGUGGUUCGCAAGGAUUGGAGCGCUAUUUUUGAACUCAAUUCCCAGGUUGAUCGGCUCGGCCAUGAGCAAAAACGUUUGAAAGCCUUGCUCUUGCGCUCUGGAAGCACCGAUGUGGCGGAGUACCUCUCCACAAGGCGCUGAUAUGAUGCGGUCACGAUUAUCCAUCGCACGAGCAAGGGAAAGUUUGUUCGAUGGCGGUUUCAUCACGGCCACUGCAGAGUCAUUACAGAAUCAACACAGUUGGAUAUCCAAGCCUACGGCCUACAACAUCCUUUGAAAGCCAUGGAUUCUCAAUCCUGCCAGCCGCAAAGCGCAAGACCGCAAGGGGUUGCGGUAUGCUCGAUGAGACCAUCGGUUGGUUUGCAACCUCGCUCUUCAAGUCCGCCUUCAUCCGCCGUGCCUUUUGCAGUCACCCCAGACGUGUCAUGUGAAAGCUGUAAACCCCAAUUAUGCGUCACGUAAAUGGACGGAUUCCAAAACGGAAGAAUCCAAGGCCUCUCAAGGCCAAGAAUAAAUUGCCAUACCAAGGCCUGCAUUUAUUUGUACUUUAUACUUGGAUAAUUUUCCUUUUAUGGUGGAUAUCCACUAGAACGCAUGCUUAA